UUGCAUCCACAUAGCUAAACAAACAACAGCAACUAUGACAACCAACAUGUACCGUGUCGGAGACUAUGUCUACGUGGAGACAUCGUCAACGACACCGUACCAGAUUCGGCGUAUCGAUGAGCUGAACAAAACUCCGAACGGCAAUGUUGAAGCGAAAGUGAUGUGUUUCUACAGACGGAGGGACCUUCCGACACCGCUGGUGCAGUUAGCCGACAAGCACCAGAUGGCCACAUCCGAGGACUCGCCGGCGGCAAUGAAGCUGAAGAAAAUGUGGCUCAAGACACCCGUCAGCGAAGAGCAAGCCGCCCAGGCGGUACUGGAUCCUGCCCUAGUUGCGUUGGAGGAAGAGCGAAACAGCAGUCCCAACAGUGGUGGAGGCGGUGGAGAACGCGGGGAACACCUUAAUCCGAAGCAGCGGCAUCAGAUGAAGCAGCGAGAACUGUUCCUGUCGCGCCAAGUCGAAACACUCCCUGCCACCCAGAUACGGGGCAAAUGCUCUGUAACGCUGCUAAAUGAAGAGGAAUCAUUGCUCAGUUACUUGAACAAAGACGACACAUUUUUUUACUGUCUCGUGUUCGAUCCAACGCAGAAAACGUUGCUCGCGGACAAGGGUGAGAUUCGGGUCGGGGCACGAUAUCAGACGGAUCUGCAGCAAAUGUUAAAACCGGGCGAAAAGGACGACCGCAACAUAGAGGAGCUUGAGACGCUUGUGUGGACGCCACAACAUUCGCUCACCGACAAAAAGAUCGACCAGUUUUUGGUAGUGUCUCGAUCGGUUGGCACCUUUGCGAGGGCGCUCGACUGUACCAGCUCCGUGAAGCAACCGUCCUUACAUAUGUCUGCAGCAGCUGCAAGUCGUGAUAUUACCUUAUUUCAUGCUAUGGACACGCUCCAUAAACACAACUAUUCGAUAGAGACUGCAAUGUGUUCGCUGGUUCCAUCGAGCGGGCCGGUUUUGUGCCGGGACGAAAUGGAAGAAUGGAGCGCUUCCGAGGCGAACCUGUUUGAAGAUGCGCUCGACAAGUACGGCAAGGACUUCAACGAUAUCAGAAACGACUUUCUACCGUGGAAAACCUUGAAAAGCAUAGUAGAAUACUACUACAUGUGGAAAACGACAGAUCGCUAUGUGCAGCAGAAACGCGUGAAAGCGGUCGAGGCGGAAUCCAAGUUGAAACAGGUCUACAUUCCGAACUACACCAAACCGAGCCCGGCAUUGAUAACGAACAACAACAAGGGUAUAUUGAACGGUAACUCGAACGGGGGCAGCGUGGACAUGAUGAUGUAUAGCAGUACCAAGGCAUGUGAAUCUUGUGCUACUAUGGCUUCGCCGCAGUGGUACUCCUGGGGUCCGGUGCACCUCAAUAAUCGGCUGUGUCAGAACUGUUGGAAUUAUUGGAAGCGUUAUGGAGGCCUUAAAGUUGCGUCUAGGCUAGCGGACAAUGGAGAGGUCGAUACGGUGGCCACGAUCAACACCACUAGCAGCAAUGCAUCGCCAGUUUCGUUGAAAAAGCGGAGCGCCGGCAGCGAUAUCGAUGAUGAUCUUACGAUUGUGGCUAGUUCUGGACCGAUCGGUGGCCUCGGUAGUGUCGCUACUGUCACUGGGUCUCCUGGAGGUUUGAGCAAUCACCGACCGCAUAGCCCAUCGUUUAAAUGUUCAAUUGUGAACUGUGGCAAGGAGUUCAAGCUGAAGGCUCACCUGGCCAGGCAUUACGCGCAGGCCCACGGUAUACAGAUACGAUCCGGAUCGCCUCGACCCAUUAUGAAAACACGAACCGCAUUCUAUCUGCACACCACCCUAACUACACGACUGUCCCGACGGUUAUGUCGACACAUAAUACGUUCGAAAAAGGCAGCCCGUCAACCGUCUUACGCUAUCAACGUCGCCAGUGUUAAGCAAGAGUUUGCAAAUGCGGAAGCUGGAAAAAGUUUAACGGAGAUCCGACGGUUGCUCACGUUCCGGAAGAAAGAUCGUGGCAGCGUAACACACAUCGCGAACCGGCUCGGCAAUCCGGGUGUCAGUGUUAACGAAUGGUUGGUGCUAACGCCGAAAGAAAACAUGCCCAAACCGGACGUGGUAGCUUUCCCAAAACCACCGAAAGCCCCGGACGGUACACUGCUGUACGAUCGGAUACCAAAUAAGGGAGAAGAGGCUGGUAGUAAACCGACAAAUGCGGUCACCUCGUCGGCGGCUGGUGUUCUUGGUGGUGUGGCCACAUUGCCUGGAACGGUGGGUGGUGCGCUCAGUGGCAAAUUGGCACCACUGGUCGGUUCCGGUGGAUUGGCGGUUACACCGAUUGUGGUUGGAGGAGCAGGCAGUAAUAGCAGUUCCGCAGCAUCAACUUGUUCUGUAGUGGGCGGAAGUGCUGGUAGCACUGGUUCGACUACUAGUGGAGUCGCUAAUAGUGGAUUGCCGGCAAUCAAUCUACACGCGAGUACUUUGUCAUCAAAUAAUAGUUCACCGAGUGGACAGCCGUCUACCGGCAGCAGCGUGGCAUCCGUUGGAGCGACGUCGUUGAAACGUCGACCGUACGAAGAUGCAAAUGGAAUCGAUGCUGCCGUGGCACCCCCGGCUAAGCGACCUAAUAAGGAUCCUAGACCAUCACAUCGGCCAACUCCAGAGCAAUAUGCGGCAAUGAUUGCUGCCGCACAAUCAGCUGGACAACCUCUUCCCCGACACCAUAUGAAUGGAAAACCAAAAAUUGCCCAAAUGGCUCGAACUGGUUCUGGACGAAAACAAGUGAUCAGCUGGAACGAUGCACCGGAUGAUGUCUUCUACCGCUCCACCAAAGCGGGCCGUAAAUUACGGCGUGAAAUUCCAAUAGUAGAGCUGCGUCGAGCAGCACGGAAACCUUGGCGAAACUUGCAUCCCAAGUACUCGGCGAUCGUGGCCGCCCUUUUGCCAGCUGCAACUGCGACACCUAGUCUACCGGCACAGCUCACCGCCCAGCUGGGACACGCGGCACAAUUAGCAGCGGCCAAUGCAGUGCAGCAUCCCACCACGGCAAACCUAAACCUUAAUCUCAAUUCAGCGGCUGUAGCUGCAGCUGCCGCAGCAGCCUUGGCCGGCGUUCAUCCACUAACAGCGGCCUCGAGCCUUGCCCUUAGUGGAACGCUAGGUGGCGGUGGUCCUGUUUUAUCGCCAGUCGGAGGAGUACCUUCGCUGUCUGGAGGAGGACCCACCGGAACGUCAUUAGUGUCUUCCGGGGCAGCUGGUUUGACAAACAGCAGCAGCAGCAGUAAUAACAACAGUGGUAGCAGUAGCAGUCUCGUCAGUAAUAGUAGCAGUAGCGGAGGAGGUGGUGCUGGUGGUGGUGUGGCCGCUACAGACAGCAAUAAAAGUGAUCUACAGGUUGUAAUCCUAGACUGACCCGAACCGCCGAAGAACAUGCACUUUUCCCAGCAGCAGCAGCAGCAGCAGCAUCAUCAUCAACAUCAUCAGCAGCAA